UGUAACGGAAGCCCAAACAGUAACGACCCCACAGGCCCCGGCUUUAAAUCAAACUCUCCUCCCCCCGCUGGGCCUGUCUGCGCCGGGGCUCACCAACUUCAACCUUGUUAUCUUAAGCAAGAUGGCAGCGCCCCGGCCCAGCCCAGCCAACUAAAGGAAACAAAACCGCUCACGCCGCAGGCCCAGCCACGGAUCGCCCCCGAUCGGGAAUUCCUUCCGGCCGUAGGGCGAGCUGCGGCUGCGCGAGCAAAGACGGGACAAGGAGGUAGCGGCUGCCAAGGAUGUGUGCUUCUCCUCCAAAGGCCGGGCAGCUCCCGAAGGCCUGCGCACGACGCCGGCGCGUGCGCGAAAGACUGGGCGGGGCAUAGGAUUUGGCGGAGGCUCCACGUGGGUGCCUCACGAAGGUUCCAGAGACACCUCGCGCUAGAGGAAGGGAGGGGCAAUGCGAAGGGGGCGCGGCUCGGGAAGCAGGCCGGGUCGCACCCGGCCUCUCCUUGCGCAGGCGGCCUAAAGAAAGACUCGCUCCGGUCUGAUCCUCGCGCAGGCGUCCUAAGAGGCGUCCCGCGAACGUCCGGCCCGUGCGCAGGCGGCGCUGUGGGCAGCGGCUCGUGCCAGUCGGGUCUGCGCUCCGGCGGCGGCGGCGGCGGCGGCGGCGAGAGCAGCAACCAGAGCCAAGUCCUAGCGGUGCGGGAUCCCCAGGCUUCCCUUCUGCGUGACCGCAGUGCGCGUUGCUCCUGGCGCUGGCGGCAAGCCAUGGCGGCGGCUCUGGAGGAGCUACGCAAAGAUCUGGAAGAAGUAAAGGAUUUGCUGGGAAAGGCCACUAGGAAAAGAGUUCGUGAUGUCCUAACAGCAGAGAAGUCCAAGUUAGAAGCAGAAAUCAAGCACAAGACAAAGCAGAAGGGACAGGAGAAAGGAGAAACUAUUGAUAAUGAGAAACCAGCAGCUGUGGUUGCCCCCAUUUCAGUUGGCUACACAGUGAAAAUCAACAAUUAUGGAUGGGAUCAAUCAGAUAAAUAUGUGAAAAUCUACAUCACCUUAAAUGGUGUUCAGCAAGUUCCCCCUGAGAAUGUACAGGUGCAGUUCAAGGAAAGGUCAUUUGAAGUUCUUGUAAAGAAUCUUAAUGGGAAAAAUUACUCUAUGACUGUCAAUAAUCUUUUGAAGCCCAUCUCUGUAGAAGGUAGUUUAAGAAAGAUCAAGACUGAUACAGUUCUUGUAUUAUGCAAAAAGAAGCAGGAACAGAAAUGGGAUUAUCUGACCCAGGUGGAGAAAGAAUGCAAAGAGAAGGAAAAGUCUUCCUUUGAUAAUGACACAGAUCCUAGUGAGGGGUUGAUGAAUGUUUUGAAGAAAAUUUAUGAAGAUGGAGAUGAUGAAAUGAAGAGAACUAUUAAUAAAGCCUGGGUAGAGUCAAGGGAGAAACAAGCCAAAGGAGAGAGUGAAUUUUGAGACAAAAGUUCUUUCAGCCACUAAUGUGGAAAUGUCCUUUCCAAUAAGGAACUGUCGCUGAGCUGCACAGAUGCAUUUGACAAGUAUAUUGUUUACACAGCCUUCUUCCAAGCAAAGAUCCUGAACUCUUUCCAUUUCAUGCUGGAGGAUUUAUUUAAAAUAAAACAUGCUUAUUUUAAAAACACUUCUUUCAAGGAAAGUUGCCUUAGUGCCCUGUUUGUUUUGUGUGCAAGGAAAACGGUCAUUGUUUCCUCACUUCGUCUUGCUAAUUAAAAAGCUAUAUAUUCAUUAUCUCUGCUGUUCAUCUGCACAAUUAAAGGGAUUGAACCUACA